UGCGCCGUUGUUCGGUGCGUGGGGAAGGUGGGGAUGGAAUUUUUGUGGAUUUCGUGAUUUGUCGGAGAGGUUAGAGUGUGUGCAUGUGGAAUUUGAGGUGCCGGUGAAAUGUGGAAUGACAGCGGAACUUUGCGGUGUGGCGGUAAAGUUAGGGUUCAGUUGAAUGUUCGGGUUUAAUCCGAAUUUUUGUGUUAGUUUGGUUUGAGGUUUUACCUGAGCGCAAAGACAAAGGAGGCGAAAUGCCUGGGAUGAAUACGGCUGUGAAUAGAAAAGUGCGCGCCAUCCAGGCGAAGAAGAAGCGACCGAAGCGGCCGACGGCCAAGCUCAAGCAGCAGAUCCAGACGGCCAACGCCGACCGCAACCGCACCAAGACCGCUGAGCCGAACAGGACCGAGUCAUCCCGCACGGAGACGAGCGUCUCCGAGAAGGACAGCGUGCCCAGCGAUGAGGAAGAGGAGGAGGAGGAGGAGGAGAUCCUCGGCUCGGAUGACGACGAACAGGAGGCGCCGUCCGACUACAAGCCCGGUGGCUACCACCCGGUGCAGAUCGGCGACAUGUUCCACGGCCGCUACCACGUCAUCCGCAAGCUGGGCUGGGGACACUUCUCCACCGUCUGGCUCUGCUGGGACAUCCGGGACAAGCGAUUCGUGGCGAUGAAGGUGGUGAAGAGUGCCAGCCACUACACAGAGACAGCCCUGGACGAGAUCAAACUGCUCAAAUGCGUCCGCGACAGCGACGAGGGCGACCCGUUCCGGGAGCGCACCGUCCAGCUGCUCGACGACUUCAAGAUCAACGGCGUCAACGGCACGCAUGUCUGCAUGGUGUUCGAGGUGCUGGGCCACAACCUGCUGAAGCUCAUCAUCCGCAGCAACUACCAGGGCAUUCCGCUGCCGAACGUCAAGUCCAUCGUAAAGCAGGUGCUGGAGGGACUCGACUACAUGCACACCAAGUGCAAGAUCAUCCACACGGACAUCAAGCCCGAGAACGUGCUGCUGUGUGUGGACGAGGCGCACGUGCGCCGGCUGGCCGCCGAUGCCGCCCAGGUCCAGAAGAUGGGACUCAAGCUGCCCGGCUCGUUCAUGGCGACGGCGCCCAAACAUCUGCAGCAGCCCGACCCGGCCACGCUGUCCAAGAACAAGAAGAAGAAGCUGAAGAAAAAGGCCAAACGGCAGGCAAAGCGCCUCGAGCAGAUGGCCGAGCUCACCGAGCAGUGGGAGAAGGAGCAGGCGUCGGCGGCCGAGGGCGGCACAGUCUCCUCCGCCGCCGGCGAGACGCCGACCGCCGCCGCCGCCGCCGCCGCAGAGACGCCUGCGCAGGCGCCGACCGGGACGAACGGCACCCAGGAGAACGGAGACGCGUCGCAGAACGGCGACGACGACGGCUCUGAGACGCCGCGGGAGAACGGCGAGGAGACGCCGCGGGAGAACGGCACGGCGGAGACGCCGCCGGAGGAGACGCCGCGGCAGGAGACGCCACCGGAGGAGACGCCCCGGGAGGCGGCCGACGUGGGCGCCGCCGCCGAGAAGGUCGCCGAGCGGAAGCGCGACUCAGAGCCGAGCCGGGACCGUCAGAAGGGCGGCGCCAACGGCGAGGCCGCCAAACUAGCGAACCGCCAGAGCCUGGCCAACAUGGAGGUGGCGCUGGUGGAGCACUCGGGUGUGGGCGAGACGGUGACGCUGCCGUACGACCUGGAGCCGGCGGCGACCGAGGAUACGUGCGGCGAUGGUGCGCAGGUCGACGACGACGACGACGACUGGGUGGACGUGGACGAAGACGACGACAGUGACCUGGACCUCCCGUCCGUGCCCGUUCCCAUGUCUCCGUCGUGCGGCCCGUGGGGCGGCCCGCCCGGCUCGCCCGGCGAAGUGUUCGAACAAUUAUCCCAUCCCGAGAUUGAUGCAUGGCCUCCAUCCUUCCGUAAUGCUGUGCCCGCUGUUCUGUGCUCGGCCGUGUCGGCAGUCUGUCCUGCGAGCCACUUGCAUACAAUUCCCGUCCGUCCUGUACGGACGAGAGCAGCCGUGUUGUGCUUGAUGCCGUGCCGAACGGGUGGCGUGGCCGUCCGCUCGCUCCGGCCUCUCGCGAGCUCCCCCAGCCGGCACGCGAACCCCGCUGACCGCUGGUCGCCGUCCGCAGACGCCGCGCCGCCCAGCGCUGGCGGCACCGCGCCCGCCAAGAAGCCCGAUCCCGUGCACGAGGUGUGCGAAAUGAAGGUGAAGAUCGCUGACCUGGGCAACGCCUGCUGGACGAACCACCACUUCACGGAGGACAUCCAGACGCGCCAGUACCGCUGUCUGGAGGUGCUGCUGGGCGCCGGCUACGGGCCGCCGGCCGACAUCUGGUCGACGGCCUGCAUGGCGUUCGAGCUGGCCACCGGCGACUACCUGUUCGAGCCGCACACUGGCAACAACUACAGCCGCGAUGAGGACCACAUCGCGCACAUCAUCGAGCUCAUGGGCGACAUACCCAGGAAGAUCAUGUUCAAUGGCAAAUACUCGCGCGACUUCUUCAACAAGAAAGGCGAGCUGCGCCACAUCACCAAGCUGAAGCCGUGGUCGCUGCACGAAGUGCUGCAGGAGAAGUACGAGUGGCCUGAGGCCGAUGCGGUCGCCUUCGCCGACUUCCUGCUGCCGAUGCUGCAGUUCGACCCGGAGCGGCGCGCCUCGGCGGCCACCUGCCUGCGCCAUCCUUGGCUCUUGUGACCUGUGCGGCGCCAGACGGCCCACCGCCCGGACGGCCCAUAUUUUUUGUACGCCGAGCGGCCUCCGGGUGGGGCGCGCGGCCGCGGCGCGCCAGCGCGCGCGCGCGAGGGGCGCGACCACGUGCUGGGAGCGUGACGCGCGUCGCGAGGAGCGUGGCGUGACGUGACAUGACGCGACGUGACGUGACGCGACGCCACACGACGCGACGCAACGCGGCGCAGCGAAUGGGCGUGCAGGCCCAGGCUCGCCGCGGGAAUUCAGUUGCAUGAGUUCGAUAAUGGACGAUCGGUCGCCGCACGGGCGGGGGCGACGCGGCACCUCAUCCGGCGUUGAGCCACGCCGAGCUGUCCUCUGGGUACGUCGGUGUACACUUCGGUCGGCUGUUCUAUCCUUCACGACUGGUUCACGUUCUGUUUAGUUGCCGCUUGAUGGAUCCGAAUCAGUAGUUUAAUAUAAGUUUCGAUUCCGAAGGAG